AUGACGCCCACGCACUGCCUCUUGUUUUUUCUACUGUGAGUUCGGAUGACGGUCCCUGAAAGUUGAACGUUUUGCUGGCCGUGAAUCUAUGGGAAAACGCUCUAGACUUUCUUAGGCCAUGGAGUUCGAACUUUGAAGCUGAUCCAGCCGGGGACCAGGCUACGAAAAAUGCGUCGUCACAUGUGGUUCCCGAAAAAAUUUCUCAAAAUUGCUAAAACUUCAAACUCCAUGAGCAAACAACACUCAGACAACUCAUGAGAAGAUGGGAAAAAAACGACGUUGUUUUAGGCUUCGAAUAGCCACCGCGAACCCGCAAGUAUUCGAAAUGUUGCGCGAGAAGCCGAUGCCGCGAAACGGGAAUCUGAAGCAGCCGCUGCAAGUGUACUUUGGCUUCUACGUGGAGAGUCUCGGCAACUUUCGGGCGACCGAGAUGACGUUCGACAUGGACAUGUACCUGUACAUGAGCUGGCAGGACGACAGCAUGCGGCACAACGGCUCGGAGCACGUGCUGAUUAACGAUAAGGAGGUGCUCGACAAACUGUGGCUUCCGGAUUUGUAUUUUGCCAACGCGCGCACGGCCUACUUUCACAAAGUGACCGUUUUCAACUUUAACAUGUUCAUCUCCCCGCAAGGCACCAUUUCGUACGGCACCAGGGUCACCCUCAACUUGGGUAAGAUCUAGGGGAGGGCCAGAAGAAAAAGUGAAAAGUUUCGUUUACAGCCUGUAACCUGGACCUCAAAGACUAUCCCCUCGACUAUCAGACUUGCUACAUCAAAGUGAUCAGUUGUGAGUUCGAGAAUCAAAAAUCCGUUUCUGGUUGUGUUUUCAAAAACGCCCAUCUUUUUAAAAUCGAAUUUAAGCUCGUCUAGGCGGGCGCACAUUUCAUCAAAAUUCUAUUCACGAGGUCAUUUUUGGUGACAGAUGUGUGUCUAGACCCUCCGGGAUCCCUUAAAGUUGGUGCGAAUCGGUCGGUACAGCCGGUUUUUUGCUGCGAAAACACUUUUUCGGCUCUACUUUCCAUACUAAAUGGAUUUAUUGUCUUUUGACCUGAUAUGUAAGCUCAAAGUUGGCCAGACCAGACUUUCAAUAUCAAUUAUACACCUACGUUUCUUUUUGUCUAGACUCUAGAGUUGUGCAAAACAAGUAAUAGAAUAACAAAAAAUCAAAUUUCCGGUUUCAGACGCCCACGUAAAGAACGAGAUGAACGUGACGUGGUUUCCGAAUGAUCCGAUCCGAUUCAAUCCGGAAAUCGACCUGCCCGAAUUCCACAUCCGCGCUCUCGAUAAGGACUACUGCAACGGCGUCUUCCUCUACACGCUCACUCACAAUUCCUCGCGAGUUGGCGAGUUUAGUUGCUUGCUGGGAAUGCUCAAAUUGAAACGAGCGAUCGGGUUCCAUCUGGUGCAGAGCUACAUCCCGACGGCGUUGAUCGUCGCCAUCUCGUGGGUCUCUUUCUGGAUCGACAGACGGGCGGUGCCGGCCCGCGUCAGCCUCUCGUUCACCACGCUUUUGACGUUGAGCACUCAGGUGAGCACAGACCAAUCUGCAAACAGAAGAGAUCAUGAUUUCAGGGUAAUGGUAUCCGAUACGCGUUGCCGGCUGUCUCCUACGCUAAGGCAAUCGACUAUUUCUACGGAGGUUUGUGCGCUCUUUUGCCUCUGAACUAAAGAUAAUACACUUGGGGAAAGUGCGCUCUAUUUUUUUUUCCACACACAUUUUCUUGGGAUAGAGUGUUGUAUACAAAAACAUGUUGAAAAAUUAGCUGCCGGUGCAGAGAUGGGCGUCGAUUGGCGGCCGGACGAGGCAACUUUCGAGGGAAAAGUUGCAGUACGCAGUUUGUCGUCAGUUGUGGCGCCCCGCGCCCUCUAACUGUCAUUCACCAUAGUUGCCACGGGCCGGGCCGGGCCGAAAUUUCCAAAACUCCGGCCCGGCCCGGCCCGGCCCGGUCGGCCCGGUUCAAAAAGCGGGAAUUCAAAAUUUGAAUUAUUGAUCGCAUGAAGCCAUUUUUUUGUAGAAUUAGGGGUUUUUUGAAAGCAUCGAACAUUGAAAAACAAAUGUAUUUCUCAUAAAAAAAUUCAUAAUAGCAAGAAAACAAAGAAGAAACACUAAAACUUUAGUUCGAAAAAUUUUUUUGUAAUAACGAAAAAUUUCCGCGAAAAUUUGAAUUCCCGCCUUUUUGAACCGGGCCGACCGGGCCGGGCCGAGCCGGCACUUCACCGACCCGGCCCGGCCCGGGCCGGCACUUUACCGGCCCGGCCCGCAUGGCCGGCCCGAAAUCUGGCAAGUCUGUCAUUCACUCUCUCACUCUCUCGCUGUGCUACCGAAUGGGAGAGAACAAGCAUAUUUCAUGGGAAAUAGGUGGCAAAAUGCGAACCGCUGAGGAACACAUAUUCAACGCAAUAGGGAGAGUUGGAAUCUGAAACUUUUGCCAUGCAAAAUGGCUCCCAAAUCCGUGAAAGUCAGGUGCAUUUCUCGAAUUGGCAUACCGAUUUCGGUCCAACCUUUUUUUUGUCAGCGCGUAUUAUUACGUAGAAUCUGAAUUUAAAAAGAACUCCUUGCACGCUAGUACUAACAUUUUUCAGUAUGACCAAAAAACCACAAAAAAUUUUCUGAAGUUUGAAAAAAAAUAAAUUUUUUCUACCGCUUUCAGUUUGUAUGCUGUUCAUCUUCGGAGUUCUUUUGGAGUUUGCACUCGUCAACAGUUACAUGCGACGAGCCAACAAGUACAAUCAUAUGGCCGAAAAGAUUCAGAGUGCAUAUGGCGGCAAGCCGAUUAUCGGUACGUCCUUUUGUGUGUAAACAAUAGAGCGCAUUUGCUUACUCGAAACAAAACGUUCCAAGUGUUUUUUUGGUUUUCAGCUGCCGAUUACGAUUCCGACUACGAGGAGGGACCCACAAAAUACUAUGGAAAUCUCAACAAAAACUCGGCACAUCUUAUGUACAAGGCACUCAAAUUCUCACGGAAAGCAUUGUCAAUCGAUAAGGCGGCACGGUUCGCAUUUCCAUGUAAGUACCAUAACUUCAAGACCAUACAUCUCAGCUGCCUGUAGAGAUAUCAAAAAACUGUCAACUCGUAAAUUGUUCAUAAUAAGAUUUCACUAAUUUUAUCAGUUGACAAGUUUCAGAUAUCUCCACAGACAUCUGAGAUACAUAGUUUUGAAAAAAGGUUUGCAGGUGUAUUCGCAAUUUAUAACGUUUUCUACUGGAUGUAUUAUUUACGGGAACCGCCACUUCUCGAAUGA